AUGCCUAAAAAUAAGAAACAAAAGAAAGAAAGUUCAAGCAGCGACAGCGAUGACGGACCAGUCGACAGAAAUCCUCCUCCGGAAAAAAAAGCCAAAAUAAGUACUAAAACAGAUGACAAGGAGCCAACUUGGGUUUUACAAGGCAAAAAACUAGUAAAAGUUAGAGAAUUUAAAGGAAAAGUUUAUGUUGAUAUACGAGAGUUUUAUGAAAAAAAUGGUGAGUUAUUACCUGGAAAAAAAGGCAUUUCCCUACAGCCUGAUCAGUGGAGGAAACUAUUGUCUUUAGGAGAUGAAAUAAAUGAAACUAUAAGUUCCAUGUGUUAA